CCACUUUACCUUUGGCCUCGAUCUUUAAACCCAUCUGCAUGCGCCCUCCACAGAUUGAUUUCCUGUGUGCCUUCCAGCCGCUUCUCCGCCUGGGCUCGGAGGCCUCCAGCUUAGGGCCUCUCCAUCUCCUUCACAGCGACUCCGACCCCUUUCCUCCCCGUGGCCUCCCGAAUCCCGUGGACCUGCUGACCGCUGACUCCCUUUUCAGACUUCCUUUUGGCUUGGUGAACUGGUGAACCUUGUGUGGAGGAUCCCGUGGGCGCGGGGCCUGGCCCUCGGGAUGGCUGACCAGCGACAGACCUUGCUUGGCUCCCUGGGGCUUCUCUUCCUGCUCCCAGGAGUGGGAGCCCAGAACCACGCACCCCCCGGCUGCAGCCCGGACCUCAGCCCCCUCUACUACAACCUGUGUGAUCGCUCUGGGGCCUGGGGCAUCAUCCUGGAGGCGGUGGCCGGGGCGGGAAUCAUCACCACCUUCGUGCUGACCAUCGUCCUGGUGGCCAGCCUGCCGUUCGUGCAGGACACCAAGAAGCGCAGCCUGCUGGGCACGCAGGUCUUCUUCCUGCUGGGCAACCUGGGCCUCUUCUGCCUGGUGUUCGCCUGCGUGGUCAAGCCCGACUUCUCCACCUGCGCCUCGCGGCGCUUCCUCUUCGGGGUUCUCUUCGCCAUCUGCUUCUCCUGCCUGGUGGCACACGUGCUGGCCCUCAACUUCCUGGCCCGGAAGAACCACGGGCCGCGCGGCUGGGUGGUCUUCACCGUGGCACUGCUGCUGACCCUGGUGGAGGUGAUCAUCAACACCGAGUGGCUCAUCAUCACGCUGCUGCGUGCGGCGGGCGAGGGCGGCCCCACGGGCAACCGCAGCACAGUGGGCCUUGGCGUUGGUGGCGGCGUGAGGGCCUCGCCCUGCGCCAUCGCCAACGUGGACUUCGUCAUGGCGCUCAUCUACGUGAUGCUGCUGCUGCUGGCCGCCUUCACGGGCGCCUGGCCGGCCCUGUGUGGCCGCUUCCGGCGCUGGCGGCGCCACGGCGUCUUCGUGCUGCUGGCCACGGCCACGUCCAUCGCCGUGUGGGUCGUGUGGAUCGUCAUGUACACCUAUGGCAACCGGCAGCAGGACAGCCCCACCUGGGACGACCCCACGCUGGCCAUCGCCCUCGCCGCCAAUGCCUGGGCCUUCGUCCUCUUCUACGUCAUCCCCGAGAUCUCGCAGGUGACCAAGCCCGGCCCGGAGCAGAGCUAUCAGGGGGACAUGUACCCGACCCGGGGCGUGGGCUAUGAGACCAUCUUGAAGGAGCAGAAGGGACAGAGCAUGUUCGUGGAGAACAAGGCGUUUUCCAUGGAUGAACCAGCCGCAGCGAAGCGGCCAGUGUCCCCCUACAGCGGCUACAACGGGCAGCUCCUCACGAGCGUCUACCAGCCCACAGAGAUGGCCUUGAUGCACAGGGGCCCGUCUGAGGGCGCCUACGACGUCAUCCUUCCGCGAGCCAGCGCCAACACUCAGGUGCUUGGCAGCGCCAGCUCCACGUUGCGAGCCGAGGACGUGUACGAGGUGCAGCCCCCCGCGCCCCCGGACGGCAGCAGCUCACAGGGUCAGUCCCCGCAAAAUAAAACGAGAUGGUAACGCCCUCUUCCCGGACCGCCACCACCUGAUGGCCUCUUUCCUCGUUUGUCGUUGAAGCUGGCUGGAGGCCACCGAUGGGGAGCAGUGGCUGAGGGGGCACUGGGCACCCCCAAUGUGAGGCUGGGGCUGUGUCACCACCCCCUCCUGCUCCCCACAGGAGUUCUGCAGCCCCCCUCCCCCAGCCUGCUCCCCUCCAUCGCUGCCUCUGCGCCCCCCGCAUUCUGUGCUCCAGAUGGGCCCCCUUGGACGCUGGUCCUCACCCAUGGACCUCCCUGGAUGUCCAGUGUCAGCAUGUUCCUCGCUGCGCCCAGGGCCAGCUCUGCUGCAGGGCCUUUGGGCCCAGCUCUGGUGAGGCUGGUUUUGCACCUCCUGCCGGGGUCCUGCCCCCUUGCAGACCCCAGAGGCUGCCAGGGCCAGGGGGUUCAUGCAGGGCCAGGAGAGACAUGGGUCCUCUGCAUGGCCAGAGGGUCCUGGGUCCCACCUCCCUCUCACAAACCCCCGUGUAUUGUGAUCCCUGGCUGGACCUGCAUUCCCGGACUAGUUCUGGCCUGGGCCAGGUGGACAGGAUGCAUGAAGAUGGGGGCACAGAGACGGUCUUGGGUGGGGGACAGCCAGGGUGGAACUUCAUGUCUUUCCCGCAGGGCAGCUUGGUAGGUUUACCUCACUGGGGCUGCCAUCCUCCCAGGCCUGUCCCAGGAGGAGAGUGGGGCGUCCUAGGGACACGCAUGAGGCUGGUACCCAGCACAGGAGGUGGGGGGCAGGCGCUGUGGUCUCAGGAAUAUCUGAUGCCUCCAGGGUACGGAACAGAGCUGGUGCAUCCCAGGGUGCUUCUCUGGGUCUCCCCUGGAGCUCGGGCUCCCCUCAGUACCUUCAGGGGUACAGAGAUGAUUGGGUGUCACUGCACCAGAGGUCGCCCAACCUCACCUCGUAGCCCAGUGCCAGCCUUCAGUUCCCCAUCACCAGCAGCUGUGCCUUUGACGCUGGAGGACUUCUCCAGAGCAAAACGCAGUGACCAGGCCCUGCAGAGAAGCCCCUGAGGGGGGUCCCUACAUUCACUGGUCUGUGACCUGGGGCUGCCCGAGUUCUGGGCGGAGCAUCACUGGCCCCCAAGAAAGGAAGGGGUGCGCUGAGCCCCAAACUCCCAAUCUAAGUUAGGGGUCUGUAGACCCCUCCCAGGGGCCAGAGGCUACGUCUCUCCCAGGAACCAAAACCCACGUGAGUCCUGCAGGAUGGGAGACUGGAGAGGUGCUGGGAGGGCCCCACCCCGGCCCGCUAGCAUCCCCCCUUGCCGUGCCAGGGCCGUGUCUGGGGGGAAGAGCGGCACCUUCUCGGGAGCCCACCUGUGCCAGAAGGAGCCGGAUGGGCUGGAAACGAGGCCUGAGAGGGACCCGGAGUUGCACACCCCAAACCGCACGCUCGGAGUGGGGACUGAGAACUGCAUACGAUUAAAUGCCGCCUCUGGCGGGGA